GGUGCCGGAGCCGCCGCCGGAGCCGGAGAGCGGAGCGGCCGCAGCCGCAGGUGCCCCGGCAGCCGGCGAUGACGGACGCGGUGCUGGGCGGCGGCGCGGAGCCCUGGCUGCGCCCCGGCGAGCGCGGCAUGUCCCUGCGAGCCAGGGUCCCCGCGGGAUGGGCGGUGCGGGGCGCCCAGCCCGAGCGGCAGCGGAAGAGCGAAGAGCUGACGGAUGAGGAGAAGGAGAUCAUCAACCGGGUGAUCGCCCGCGCCGAGAAGAUGGAGGAGAUGGAGCAGGAGCGCAUCGGGCGCCUGCUGACCCGCCUGGAGGACAUGCGCCGGAGCGUGGCGGGGGACGGCGUGAGCCGCUGCAUCCUCUGCGGGGAGCAGCUGGGGCUGCGGGGCUCCGCCAGCGUCGUCUGCGAGGACUGCAAGAAGAACGUGUGCACCAAGUGCGGCGUGGAGACGACCAACAGCCGGCCCCACGCCAUCUGGCUCUGCAAGAUCUGCAGCGAGCAGCGGGAGGUGUGGAAGCGCUCCGGCGCCUGGUUCUUCAAGGGUUUGCCCAAGCAAAUGCUGCCGCAGCCGAUGCCCGUCAGCAAGAGCAAGGUGCCGCAGGCGGCGAGCGAGCCGGCCCCGGCGGAGCCCCCCGCCCAGGAGCCGAAGCUCUCAUCCCGUGUGCCGAGCCGAGGCCAGGCAGGUGCUGGGCCCCCGGCCGAGCCGGACUCCUACGGUAAGGACCAACGUUGGCUCCCUGCCCCAUGCCCGUGCACCGGUCCCCCCACCUCGCCGCGGAGCUGCAAGUCCCGCGGGCAGGCUCGCUCCGGCGGCGUGCGGCCCCGCUGCGCCCGGCCGCGGUCGUUAUCUUUGCACACAGCAGCAAAAGCUUCCUCCUCCUUCCUCCUCCUCCUCCUGGUUGCAUCCCAGACGUCGUCCGAGCCGCUCUUCUCGCAGCCGGUUUUGGGGCGCGUGGGCGGGCGGGCUGUGCCGGGGAGCGACCCUCACUGCCGUUUUCUUGCUCUCCCUGCAGGCAACGAGCCGCCGGCCGCCGCAGCUGCCCGGGGCAGCUCCGCGGUGCCGAGCCGCAAGCCGGCCGAGGCCCGGACGGGGCCGUGCGGCAGCGAGCACGCCGCCGGCGACGCCGAGAGCCGCGACUACCCCGCCGAGAGCGGCGUCGGCAGGAGCCCCGGCCCGCGGCGGACCAACUCCGUCCAAGCGCCGCGGCCGCCCCCGCCGGCCGCCCCUGGCCCGGCCGCCCCCCCAGCUCCGCCGGCGGCGGGAAGGCCGGGCCCCGCGGCGGCCGCGCGGUUCCCCGAGAGACAAGCGAGCCCGCCGCCCGCAGCCCCGGAGCCGGCCCGUGCCGCCGCCAGGGACGAGCGAGGAGGGGGCCACGCUGCGACCCCCGCCCGGGAGGAGAGGCCGCCGCCGCCACGGCCGCCCCCGGCCUUCGCGCCCGCCCCGCUGCGGCAGCCGCCCCCGGAGGAGGAGGAGGAGGAGGACGCCAACAGCUACGACUCCGAUGAAGGCACUACACUGGGAGCACUGGAGUUCAGCAUACUAUAUGACCAGGAAAACAGCUCUCUGCAUUGCACGCUCAUCAAAGCCAAAGGCUUAAAACCAAUGGACUCAAAUGGCCUGGCUGAUCCCUAUGUAAAACUACACCUCUUGCCUGGAGCCAGUAAGUCAAAUAAAUUGAGAACAAAGACUCUGCGCAAUACCCGUAACCCUGUGUGGAACGAGACCCUGGUGUAUCAUGGCAUCACAGAUGAGGACAUGCAAAGGAAAACACUCAGAAUCUCUGUAUGUGAUGAGGACAAAUUUGGCCACAAUGAGUUUAUUGGAGAAACUAGAGUUUCCUUGAAAAAACUGAAACCCAAUCAGAAAAAGAACUUCAACAUCUGCUUGGAGAGAGUAAUACCAAUUAAGCGUGCUGGAACGACCGGCUCAUCUCGCGGGAUGGCACUGUAUGAAGAGGAGGUGGAUCGUGGCGGGGACGUGGAAGAGCGUGGGAAGAUCCUUGUGUCCCUCAUGUACAGCACCCAGCAGGGCGGCUUGAUUGUAGGCAUCGUGCGCUGCGUUCACUUAGCAGCGAUGGAUGCCAACGGAUACUCGGACCCUUUUGUUAAACUUUGGCUGAAACCUGACAUGGGAAAAAAGGCCAAGCAUAAGACACAGAUUAAAAAGAAAACAUUGAAUCCUGAGUUUAAUGAGGAGUUCUUCUAUGAUAUAAAACACAGUGAUCUGGCCAAGAAGUCACUGGACAUAUCGGUCUGGGAUUACGACAUUGGAAAAUCUAAUGAUUACAUUGGUGGUUGUCAGCUUGGCAUUACGGCUAAGGGUGAGCGCUUGAAACACUGGUACGAAUGUUUGAAGAACAAGGACAAGAAGAUUGAACGCUGGCACACCCUCCAAAAUGAGAACCACGUUGCCAGUGAUUAAAGGGAGCCACUGCCCAAACCUCCCCACAUGGCACAUCCUCUGCCGAUUCCCCGUAGAUUUCUGAUGUCUGUCUUCCAGUGCAGUCAUGCCUUGUGCUACCUGCCUUUGAUCCCAAGGCAGCAGUGCUGUUCUGUCUCCUCUCCAAGCAUCCUCUCUGUUCCCUGCUCUCACCUCCAGCUGAAACCUAACCUAGAUCUUUUGUAUUCACCUCCUUUUCUUUCUUUUUUUUCUUCCCCCUCAUUGAAUUAUCCUGGUGUGUAAUUUUGUCAAGCAGUAGUUACCCUUUGGCAGUUUCAGUCGUCUCUUCCUCAGUAGUCUCAUGCAGGUCGUAAUAGCAUUGCCUUUCUGUUGUGUGUGUGGCGGUACGUAUUCUUCUGGUCUUUGCUCAUGUGCCUCAUCCCACCGUCACCAGUUCAUUGCUCUUUUAACUUCUGAUGGGAUGCACGGUCAGUGGACCUGCUGUGUUCUCAUUUUAGCAUGGGGGGGUUGAGUGUUGAUGUCAGAGCAUCAAACAGUUCCGUUUGUUUGAUAUUGAUACCUCAGUUGCAAUAAUGAAAAAGCUGUUUAGCUUUGAUGUGGGUUAUAAACAUAACUUGGUAUCUGCGUUGUCAUGAUUAGGCUAAAGCCUGUGUCACAGAUGUAAUCCUGCGAGUACUGCUUUGGCUUUUUUUUGAAUCCGGUACAUUUGAGCAAUGUUGUGGUACAUGCUUUUGAGUUUCUGCUGAGAAGAUCCACCGAUAAUGCAGCUUUCAAAUAGAUAACUACAAAUAGGGAGCCACUCUGCAUGCUUGCAGAGAAACAAGAGUUGGUUGGUUCGCAUUUGUUUCCAGCUGCAGUUCAUUUUAGAUCUAGGAACAUACACACUCCAUUAAUAUAGGGACACACUCAUAUUUAAAAGCUUGUGACUACCUCCACUUCAUAGCUGCAUAGUAGUGAAUAGAUGAAGUUUGAGGGCAGUUUGUUAGGCCCUCUUGAGACUAUACUUCCCGUCGCUGUCUGUGGUCAGUUUGUCGUACCACAUGCAGGAGGGAAGCCCAUGGAGAAGAUAUUUCCCACCAACUAGUUGAUAUGUUCAAGGAUUAUUGCUUUAAAAUACUACGAAUAAUGAAAUUAGUUGGUUAGAGGUCUUCCAACUUUUUGUUUUGUUUUUUGGCAAGUCUGCACAAGAACCAUUGUCUUCAACCUGUGCUUUAAUUAUUGUCUGGCGGUGUUUUAUAUGUUAUUGAUAAAAGGAGAGUUGAGAACCUCUUAAACUGAUAUUGAUCUUUUGGUACCUUUCUGAUUCAUCCGUUGUCUCUGGACAACCUCAAGCGUAGCGAUGUCAAUGUUAGCACAAUAAGCACUACUGAAAUAUAUUGUUGGUCAGCUACAAA